AUGGGCUGUGGGACAUCAGUAAAGACUGAAAAUCAAACCAAGAAAUCUGAAAAAGCAAUUAAAGCUGCGAUUCUGAUCCAGAGAUGGUACCGCGUCUACAUGGCAAGACUGGAAAUGAGACGGCGUUAUACACUGAGUAUAUUUCAGUCCAUAGAAUAUGCUGAGGAACAGGCUCAACUACAGCUCUCCAACUUUUUCACAUUCAUGAUGGAUCACUUUGCGCAGAUGAAUGAGCAAGCUCAAGGGCCUGAUUUGAUUUCUGAUAUAUUCAAGUGUUCAAGAGAGGUCCAAGAGAACCUUAUGGUUUAUGAUAUGAUAGAAGUUCCUGACUCAUACGAUGGACCACGACUGUCAUUCCCACUAACAGUGUCUGACACUAACAACCUACUUAAUGCUUUCAAGCAAGAGAAGCAACUUCAUGCACGGUAUGUCCUCCAGCUGUUACAUGAGACCAGAAAAUUCCUGAGACAAAUGCCAAAUAUUGUUCAUUUAACAACAUCGUUUUCCAAGCAGAUAACAAUAUGUGGUGACCUCCAUGGAAAACUCGACGAUCUUCUAUUAAUCUUCUAUAAGAACGGUCUUCCCUCGCCAGAGAACACAUAUCUUUUUAAUGGAGACUUUGUAGACAGAGGGAAACAUUCCAUAGAGAUACUAAUAAUCCUCUUUGCAUUCCUCCUGGUCUAUCCAAAUAAUGUACACUUGAAUAGAGGCAACCAUGAGGAUCCCAUCAUGAACCUCAGGUAUGGCUUCACCAAAGAAUUGAUGCAAAAGUACAAGAUUCAUACACAGAAGAUUCUAGUUCUUCUAGAGGACAUCUAUAGUCAGCUGCCCCUCGCCACCAUUAUAGACAGCAAGAUUCUAAUUUUGCAUGGAGGAAUAUCAGACACGACUGACUUGGAUUUGCUGACCUCUCUUGAAAGAACUAAGUAUAAAUCAGCUCUGAGGCCACCAAAACCAGAAUCGGGAAGAGACACCGUUAGGGUUCCAAAACUUGACAAGGCAACUAUGGAUGGCUGUAAAAUCUUUAACAGUUCAGAAAAACAUUUGGGAACUUUAAGCUAUAAAGCACAGAUUGGUCCUGAGCCAUGCUAUUCACCAACAAUACCUUCCAGUCAGCAUUCUAAUGUGUUGAGUGAGGAAUUUCGGAAACGUGGCAUUCUGGAAGUGCAUUACCUGGAUUCAAGUAUUCGUCUGCCUGAUAUGACUCCAGACCUAACAGCAGUGGAGAGAGAGGAGUGGAAACAGAUUGUUGACAUACUAUGGAGUGAUCCAAGAAACCAGAAUGGCUGCUUUCCGAACAGCUUUCGUGGUGGUGGUUGCUACUUUGGACCUGAUGUGACCACAAAAUUACUGGACAAAUAUAAUUUAAAAAUGUUGAUUAGGUCACACGAAUGCAAGCAGGAAGGGUAUGAAGUAUGCCACAAUGGGAAGGUUGUGACUAUAUUUUCAGCUUCCAAUUACUACGAUGAAGGCAGUAACAGGGGAGCAUAUCUCAAACUUUGUCCAGAUUUGACUCCACAUUUUGUGCAGUAUCAAGUCAGCAAGACCACACGGAAACUCACUCUUCACCAGAGUGUUAGAGCUGUGGAAGACUCAGCUCUUAGAGCUCUUCGAGAACAAUUCUAUGCCCAUCGCUCUGACCUUAUGAAAACAUUCAAAGAGUAUGAUCCACAUGGAACAGGAAAAAUCUCCACCAGUGAUUGGGCGAAAGCAAUGGAGGCGGUUCUCCAUCUAGAACUGCCUUGGCGGACUUUACGUUCUCGACUUGCAAGGUUGACACCUGAUGGGAGUGUGGAAUACCUGUCUUGUUUUGAAGAUCUUCAGAUACAAAAACCCAUUAAAGAAGUUCAACCAAGCUUGGUAGAAACAUUAUACAGAUACAGGGCAGACUUGGAGACCAUAUUCAAUAUGAUCGACAAGGAUCACUCAGGCCUAAUUUCCAUUGAGGAAUUUCGUCAAACAUGGAAACUUUUUAGCUCGCAUCUUCAUAUCAGUAUAGAUGAUUCGACUAUUGAUGACUUAGCUCACAGCAUAGACUCCAACAAAGACGGCAGCAUUGACUUUAAUGAGUUUUUGGAAGCUUUUCGUGUGGUUCAUAAAUUCGAAAGGCAAGAUAGCAAAAAAAGAUGA